CCGAAAUGGCCUAAGCCAUUUUGGUUUGAUUUGCCAAUACUUGUAUGCCUUUUAAUUUUCUUGUACAGUGCCAAUGUAGGACUUGUUCCUGCAAGUGAUAUUCUAACACUCUCCCUCAGGUGGUAACCGGGACAUCCAAUUGGCACUUAAAACCUAAAACUGAAAUGCAGCCUCAACAAUAGGAAACAGAACUAAAAUUGACAUGCUCUAAUAUCAAGUUGAGAAUUAUGGACCUAAGAGUGUGAAUAUCAAAUGGCAGGCUAAACGUUGAAACUGGCUCCCCAUCACCAAAAUAACCUAAGCCUUUUUGGUGUGGUUUGCAAACACUUAUAUGCCUUUUAAUUUUUUUGUACACUGACGAUGUGAGACUUUUUCUCAAAAGUGAUAUUCCAACAUUGUUUCUGUUGGAGUAAAAUCUGCUCAACAUCUAGAGGUAUAAAAUCUUGUUCCAAGAAAUACUUCAUCAUAUAUGAAGCAGGAGUUGGCUCUUUACCUUCUUGCUUCUUGCUUCUUGCUUCUUGCUUUAUUGUAGCUAUUCCCACCAAGCAGAAGCACCACCUGUUCAAUUGAUAAGCCACCAAUUUGACUCAUUUUUCAAGGUGCUAUGUCCACAUGGUCAAAGAAUCUAUACACCUUUGCGAUCCAAUCUAAGAAUUCUUCUAUGUUGACAUCUCCUUAAAAAUUAGGAAUGUCAGUUUUCAAUCGAUUUUUUCAUACUUCCCAUACGUACCUCUUCUCCUCACAUUGCUGUUGAUGCUUGGGAUAGUCAUGGAGGUCAUAAACAUCCUCCUCUUUCGAGUCUUCAUUAUAGGCAUAUUGUCUAUGAGCAGAAAUUGGUUAGUAAAUAGGGUCACCAUGAGCAGCACUAUCUCUUGGCCUUCUAGUUUUUACUCAGUUCCUGUUUGCAUUGAUUCCCAAAGCACUAAGGCUAUCUGCAAUUUCUUUGAAGCGUCUCUUGAUAAUGCUCACUUUUGAGAUCCAUCUAUUGCUCCAGACGUUGUUCCAAUCAUUGUAAUGUGUUGUCUCUAAGGUCAAGGGCUCUAGUUCCCCGAUUACUGUCAUGGGAAACUGAUGUAAUUGCCACCUCUGACAGGGUAAGCCAUCUCGAUUGGGGUGAUUUCCCAACUCUCAUAUCACCUAACGCAGCAUGAAGCUUAAGGAAAGAACUCACACUCGCACACAUUAUACAAGUAUUGAGGAAAAAAAACUGCAGAGUUUUAUAAAUCAAAUCUCUAAAACUAGUAGGAAAUUAUCUAAUUCCUAGAUGGAAUUGGAAAUCAAUAUAUAUAUAAAAACUUAAUUAGAAUAGGAAACAUUAAAACUGAGUAGGAAAAAUUAAAGAAAUAAAAAUAAAAAUACUGCUUCUGCAUUAACAUGCUCCACAUCAAAUGUUCAUGUAUAUUUUGGGAUACAUUAAAGAGGAGAUGGAAAUCAUCCUAGAUGUCAUGCUGUAUUUUCCUUAUUAUCUGCUCAGUGGAGAAGUUAUACUCAACUCAACUCAACUAAGCCUUUAUCUCAAAAAUUUGGGGUCGGCUAUAUGGAUUCUCUUUCUCCACUCUAAAUGAUUUUGGGUUAAAUCCUUGGAAAUGUGUAAUGCUUCUAGGUCAUGUUGUACUACUCUCCUCCAAGUCAGUUUAGGUCUACCCUUUUUUUUCUUUCUAUCCUUUAACCUAACAUGCUCUACUCGUCUAACUAGAGAAGUUAUACUCGAUUUUAUUUUGUCAAAAAUUAUAGAUAUGUGGCAGUCAUAACAUUUUAUGCGGCUGUUUAUUCUGCAUCUCCUUACCUUUGUCUUGUUCAUGCUGUAUAGGUAAUGCGCUAUUUUAAUUCAUAGUUUUACCUCUAUAUACUGAUAAUUAUCAGCCAUAGCAGUGGUCUUUGUCUUCCAUCCUUUCAUGCAUCCAUCCCUUCAUUUUUGUUGUUGUGAUACUUGCAACAAAGGGAUUGGGGAAACACAAGAUUAAAGACAGCACGUUGAGAAUAAUUGCCCUGAUUUAAUAUGGGGUUUACUUGAUCUAGAUUUACAUAUCUGACUUUAGUUUCAGCUUUGCUGGAAAAUUUAUCUUGAUGUCUUUAGCCUUUAGGGGUCUUAAUUUUUGUUCGAGUUUUAAUUUUAGUCCUUGAUGGUCUAGGAUAAUAGUAUUUCUUCUUGUUCCUUUUUUUUUUUUUGGAGUGGGGCAAUCUAAGGCUCCAUAUUGUAGUUGGGAGGCCAAAAUACUAGUUUGAAAUUGGUUUUUAGAAAAGCAUCCAUUUAGAUGCUUUUGAAAAAACUGUUUGAAAAAAUUAUUUUGCUGAUUUGAAAUUUUUAUGAUUAAAAUAUGUCAAAUUUAAAUUGAAAUUAAAGGCCCUUAAUAAACAUUUCUGAGAUAGUGUUUUUCUCAACAAUAGCUCAAAUAGCAAUGCUAAACAGACCUAAAUCCUUAGAUGAUUAGUUGUGAAGUCUUUGCUUAAAGUUAAAGUUUUGGGAUUAGUUUCAGUCAAUAAAUAAAAUACCAAUGAUUAUAAUGCUCAUAAUGCAGUUUUGUUAUUGAAAAAAAUACCAGCAGUUAUGUUUCGUGGAUUGUGUGAUGCAACUCUACCUUAAGAUGUGAUGCCCAAGGAAGUUUAGGUGCUAAAGCCUAAACUCGUUUAUUUUGUCUGUUCUAGUGUUACCAUGAACAGCCCUACAACCCUUUAAUCCUUGUUUAAUAAAGUAGUCCACCUAAAUUCCUACUCAUUUUGACCUUUAAGUAGCCUCAAUACUCAUUCAUGCAAACUGUCUUAUUGUCAUGCUGAUUGUGGGUUUCUUGGAUUCUUUAUCAUUUCCAAUAUCAACUGUUUAUGAUUGCUAGCAUAAAUUCAGAUUUCUGAUCAAAGGUAUGCAAAAGGAAGCUUAUUUUUAAUGAAUUUAUGGAGCUGUUGUUACACGAUGGUAAAAUCUCUAUCAUCCUGGCAUAUUGAUCCAAUGGGCAGUGAAGUAGUGAAAUCACUGCUAAUUUAUGAGUAAUACAGUCUUUGGAGAGGAAGAAAGGGAUGGCAGCAUCUGCUGGAGGUGGUAGUGGAGGAGCAGCUCCGGAUAAAGAGGCUGGGAAGGCUCAUGUGGCCAUGGCGAUGGUGCAGCUAUUCAAUGGAGGAUAUCACGUUAUUACCACAGUGGCUCUUAAUGAUGGGGUCAAUCAGCUCGUUUUCUGUGUCUUUCGUGAUCUGCUAGCUCUCUUAAUCCUCGCCCCCGUGGCCUAUAUCCGUGAAAAAAGGAUUCGACCUCCUAUGACCAAACGCCUACUAUUGUCAUUCUUCUUCCUUGGGUUAACAGGGAUAUUUGGCAACCAGCUGUUAUUUCUUCUUGGCCUUAGCUACACAAAUCCAACUUAUGCUGCUGCAAUACAGCCUUCAAUUCCUGUUUUUACUUUUGUCUUGGCUGUGAUGAUGGGUACAGAAAGAGUGAAUUUGUUAAGACUUGAAGGUCAAGUGAAGGUUGGGGGCACCCUUGUCUGUGUUUCUGGUGCAAUAUUGAUGGUUCUGUUCCGAGGUCCGGCUGUCUUUGGAUACAGUCAUGUAGGCUCUGCAGCUAGCGAAAUAAGUGCCAAGGGUCAACCAGAGCCUGCUGGAUGGUUUUUCUCCAGCUUACUAAACAUAGGACUGGAAGGUUGGCACCUUGGAGUUUUAUGCUUAAUAGGGAAUUGUCUGUGCAUGGCUGCUUUUCUGGCCAUUCAGGCUCCACUUUUUACAAAAUAUCCUGCCAGCAUUUCAAUCACUGCAUAUUCAUAUGCAUUUGGAGCUCUCUUGAUGGUACUGACAUCUUUCUUUAUGACCAAUGGAACAACAGAGUGGAGUCUGACACAAUCUGAGCUUUGGGCAGUCAUUUAUGCUGAUACGAAAUCUGAAUGGUGA